CUUGACGCCGACGUCGACCUGGCCGGCGUGGCGGCGGCGGCGGCGGCCAGCGGUGAAGCGCCGCCGCCGCAGGCUGGCGGGAGCGGGAACGGCGGCAGCAGCCGAGUGACGUGGGACAUGGCGGCUGGCGAGGGCGGCGGCAGCGGUAGCGGCCUUAGUGCUCAGGAGCGCGCCGCCAGCUAUGCCGAGGGGUUGAGUCUAGCUGGCGCCACACCCGCUGUCACCCGAUCUCUGUCCGGUCGUCGUACUCGCUCGCACGCGGAUCUGGACGAGCUGGAUUCUGACUCGUCCGACGUGGCGACGGCGCCGCUUGGAUCCUCACCUGGCGGCGGCGCCGGCGGCAGCGCCGGCGCCGGGUUCCUGCAGCGCCCCUCGGCUGAGGCGGCGGGGCCUUAUGGACGUCAACGAAGCGGCGGCACAGCAGCGGAUUCCGUACAUCGCCGUCACGCGUCGGCGGAGGCGUUUGGGCCGUACUCGUACGGCGGCGAAGCGGCCGUCAGCGGCAGCGGCGGCCGUCGCCGUGACGACGACGGCCAUGAUACGAUGGAAUCUGCAUCAGAAAUACAGCCUUUGGCUUCCACCACAACACGGAAGGCAGCUGCAUCCUCCGCCUUCGCAAGGAGCGACGGCGCCGCCGCCGCCGCAUUAGCAGCUCCGCAUCACCGGCGGCGGCGGAAUCUGUCCUGGCCGCCGCUACUGGUACGGCUAUACGGCAAGCUAGUGGCGCCGCUGCUUGCAGCGGCGUCCCGGCGCCGCCACGAGGACGAUUCGUACGUUUGUUACGCCGCCUUUCUGGCCUUGUUCCUGGUAGACAUGACGGCGCUGUCGGCGGUGUUGCCGCUGUCGAUGUUCAUGUACGCACUGCUACUGCAUCACAAGCCACGGCAGUACUGGCAGGGCGCUCUGUUGUACGUGGAGACCUUACUCAUCCUGCAGUACUCCUACCUGGUCCUCGGAAAGUGCCUGUGCGUCACUGGAAGCGGCGGCGGCGGGGGCGGGGCGGCAGGCGCUGGUGACACGGGCAGCAGCUGCAUCUGGGUGUUCGGACGCCGCGACUUCCUGUUCCGCAUCAAGGUCCUGGGUCUCCACUCCGACCCCUUCCGGGCGCUACCGCUCUUCCUAUGCUACCUAGCAACACUCAUGCACAGCUACAGCCUAGACAGCGUGUAUGCGGCCGUAGCAGCAGCAGCAGCAGCAGCAGCAGCUGGUACAACACCAAGUACAACCUCUGCCUCUGCUGCCCCAGCUGCAGUGAGUGGCAGUGGCGGGCGCGGCCUGGGGCAGCAUACCUCGGCACACUCCCAGCCGCUACGAUCUCCUCCACAGCAGCAUCAACUCCAGCAGCGCCAGCAGCCGCCCUGGCUGUCGUUUCAGCGCCUGCAGGAGUGGUUGCAGCAGGGUUUGGCGGCGGGCUGGGCACUGGUCUCACAUCUUCUGGGCGUGUACAAGCUGGUGAGUACGGACCACGAAACCGAACCCCAUUGGGUCAAACUGCAGCUGCAGUUGCCGCCGCAGCUGCAGCAGCAGCAGCCACAGCGCGGGCGGUCACAGCCGCCGACUCCUACACCAGCAGCCCUGGGUUCCGCCGUCGGCGCUGGCGGUGACGGUACCUCGCCCAGAGGCGCGGCUGGCUUGCCGCCGCGACCGCCGCCGGCGGCGGCGCUGCCCCCUUCGCCGGCGCCGCUAACGUCAUUUACGCCGCCGCCGUCGUCAGUCGUCUCGCCGGCGGCGCUGCUUCCGCCGCCAGGCGAGGCUGAGGACACUGAAAGAGCAUCGGCGGCGGCGUCGGCGGCAGCGGCAGCGGAAGAGGCAAUCCGGCAGCCAUCCCUGCCGCCGCCGCCGCUGCCGCCAUCAGUUCUUCGAGGUCCUCGCUUAGUUGGGGCAUUACAGCGCAUGUUGGAAACCGUACACGAGUACGGGCAGGAAGUACGACAUGCGCGCAUGGAGGAGGAGCGCUGGCGGGGGCAGCUGAGGAGCUUCCUGCAGGAGGAGGACGAAAGCGCCGAAGCCGUUGAACGGAGGGGUGACGGUGGCGGUGUUGCCCAAAGCGGCCGUGGCGGCGGCAGCGGCGCUGGAUCAGGUCCCGACACCGCCGACGCCGACGUCGCUGUUCGGCUGGCCAGCUACGUGCUUCCCCAGCUGCGACUGCAACACGAUGCCGUCGCAUCGGGAGGUGCCGUACUGCACAUGCUGCUGGAGGUUGUCGUGCCGGCGACGCCGCUGACGUCGGCGGCGGCAAUGCCGACGGCAGGCGGCGAGGGCGGCCCCAGCAGCGGCGGCGGCGGGCCGUCGGGUGUUAGCCCGACACCGGCACGUGACGUGGCUGCGGCGCUUCGACUGGCGGCGGAAGUGCUUUCCAGGCAGCGGCUUGCGAGCCUAUCCGUGCCGGCGUUCCGCCGUACUCCCCCCGCUGCGACGGGGGCGGAGGUGGAGGCACCGGCCUCCGCUGCCAUCCCGCUCCAACAGUCAUAUGCCAGCCUGGCGUCCAUGUCGGCAGCAGCAGACGACAAUGACAGCGACGUUACUGCGCCCUCGCCGCCGGCAAGCCGCCACGGUAGCGGCGGCGGCGGCGGCGACGGCGGCGACGGUGAGGGUGCCGGCCUGCGCCGCCGCCAGCGCCCACACCACCAUCGCCGCCACGGCAGCGGCUCCGACGCUUCCAUUACCGCUUUGCCGCCACCUCCGUCACCCCCGCCACCCCCGCCGCCGCCUCCGCCCGAGCUCCACAUCACGGAGCCCGCCGGCGGCCUGCCGCCGCUGCAUUCCGUGGAGUGCUACAGCCAGCCGCCUCGCGACCUGUACGCUGCUACAGCCUUCCUGGACCUGGUUUCCUUCAUGUAUGCCAUGGUGUUCUAUCAGCUGGUGGUGUCGUCGGCACGCAGCCUGGCGGACAUCACGGACGCGGAUCGCAGGGUGCCUCUGGACUACCUGGCCGCGCUCAUGCUGCUGUUCGCCCUCAUGGUUUCAGAGCGAGCCGUCUACAUGCUGGGGCUGCCCGCCGCCAAGAUGGCACUGCACCUCACCUCGCAGGCCGUCGUACUGGGCUGGUGUCUGAGAGCCUACUGGGCAUCCCUGGCGGCGGAGGGAUUCGCAGUCAGCGGUGGCGGCAGCAGCGGUGCAAGCACGGGAGCGGCGGUGGCGGCCUCCGGUGUACGACAGCACUUGCGGGUGUUCCUGCUGCUGCGGUGUUUGGGGUUCUGCCUGGGCGGCUUGCAGCUGCGGGACGGCUACCCGCCGCUGAGUGCCCCGGGACCCUCGGGCGGGGGGCGGCACUCCUCGUUCUUCUACCGGCGACCCGACUGGGCGCACAACCUGGCCUUCAAUGUGUUUUACAGCCUUCCCUUCCUGUACGAGAUCCGCUCGCUGCUGGACUGGACGUGUGUAAGCACCUCACUGGACUGGUACUGCUGGCUGAAGCUGGAGGACAUCCACUCCUCGCUGUUCGUGGCGUCGUGCAGGAACCAGUCCCGGCGCAAUCGGCGAGUAGGUGAACGAGUUCCCCGAUACAGCAAGUUCCUGCAGGGCGUGCUAGCGCUGGCGGGGUUGCUGCUGGUGCUGUGGUUGCCGCCGCUGUUCUUCAGCUCCGGAGCGCCCACCUACCAGGUGCCGGCGCUGCAGGACGUGCACCUCAACAUCUCCAUCGCGCAGCUCUCCGGGGGGCCCGAUGCCACCAGUGUGCAGCGCUUCCCGCUCUUCGCAUCGGGCGACCGACGGUUCGUCUUCCAAUGGACGGCACCACAGUCGCCGCCGCCCUCGCCGCCGCCGCCCCCCGCAUCCCCGAUGCGCAGAGGCACCGUGCAGCCACUGCCCGAGGAGGAGGCGGAGGAGCGUUACUGGCGCAGCGUCUUAGCAGCCGAAGCGGCGGCGGCAGGAGCGGGUGACGACGUGGGUGCGGCGGCCGCGUCCUUGUCCCGGAAGAGGGGAAAGGCAAGGGGGAGACCUGCGCCCGCGCCGCACGCAGUGGCAUCACCGCCGCCCCCACUGAAGCCGCCACAGCCCCCUCCGUCCGAAGGCGGUGGCGGCGGAGACAGUGGAGGUGGCGGAGGUGGACUGCCCCGAGCGUUAGCUGGCUACCGGCCGGACCAGGCCAUGGGCGUGUGCAUGGCCGCGGAAUCCGACCGGUUGUGGCACAUCUCGCCGCCAGCCCGCCGCGCGCUUCAGGACCUGCUCGUGCCGCCGCGGCGAAGAGCGCAGGAGCAGCAACAGCGGCGACAACCGGAGCAGCGCCAAGGGCGGCAGUGGCAACUGGGAAAGCCAGGGGUCUUGGGAUAUGCCGAAGGCGACAACUGGUUGCACGACGAGAGCCCUCCCGUGGUCCCGCAGGUCCGCUGGUCGCUGUUCCGGAGUGCCCCCCUGGCGUCGCAGCGGGGCGGACCCGCAUGCAGUGCCACCGCGGUGGUGCCGCUGUCGGGGCCGUCACGCAGGGGGCUGGCGGAGCUCCUGUCGGGCCGCGCCAACCGCACCCUUCUCACCUCGCUCAACCAGACCGACCCAGCGUCCCACGGGUCACCCGCCCUCUUCCCGCUCUUCAUGCGCCUCAAAGGCGAUGCCUGCAGCGUAAAGCUCGGGUUAUCCGGUGACGGUGGCGGUACGACACCCCCGGUUACGACGGCGUCGCCAUUGGUGCAGUACAAUGCUGCACGGCAAGGUCGACAGCACGCCGUCGUUGACUCCCCCUCUUCUCCGCUGUACGGCAGCACCUAUCGCCGUCGCGCGCUUUGGUCUUGGCCUUGGAAGCCGGGCGGUGGUGGCAGCACUACCGCCGCCGCUGCUGCUGCUGCUGUCCCGACAUCUCCUGCUGACGUGGCAGACCGCUGGGGUUCGGCCAUGGUGGGAUGUUACGCGUCGCUUCAGACGUCAGGAGGAGGAGGUAGCGGCGGCAGUGGGGGCGCUGCGGAGUGGUGGUCGUUUGAGUGUGGGGCGCUGCUACCUCCCGCUGCCUCCGACGGCGGUGGCGGCGGUGGUGGUGACGGAGGCGGCGAUGGUGGUGGAGGAGCCUCCGCUUGCGAUGAUUACGAUGGGCGGCUAUGGACGCGUGGUGGAAGCAGCGAUGGCGGCGGGGUGACGAGUACCGCAGGAAUGGCGGCAGUCCCGUUGCCGGCGGCGGUGGGAGGCAGGGAUGACGACGAGGGCGGUGAUGAUGAUGAUGAUGGGGAUGAUGACGAGCCGCUGCAGGACGCGUGUGGCGGGGCGUCGGGCGGUUCUCCGCGGCUGUCCGGUCCGCCGCUGGUGGCGGUUCUGGAGCCGGUGCAGAGCGGGCUGCUGGGUGCCACCCUGUCCCGCUUCGGCAUCACGGGGCUGUACGUCACCUUUGUGUUUGCCAUCGGCCGCUUCCUGCGCCUCUCCGUGUCCUCGCUGCGCCUGCGCAUUCCCACAGAGGACCUGCCCUCCACUCGGCGCCUGGUGGCGCUGUGCCAGGACAUAUACGUGGCGCGGGCGGAAGGCGAGCUGGUGCUGGAGGAGCAGUUGUUCCAGGCGCUCAUCAACGUGUACCGCUCCCCCGAGCUGCUGUUUGAGCUGUCUCGCAAACACAAGCA